AUGUACACUGGCGAGCUCCAAAAAGAAGAUGCAACAAUCGAGGAAUUGAAACUCCUUGUUGCAGCUGACAAAUACGAAGUUGUGGAACUCACUCGGUUCCUUGACUCUCGUCUCUGCACAUGUUUGACAGAAGACACAGCCUUCGAAUUUUGGAAGGCAGCGAACUUGCAUAAUGCUCCGAUGCUGAAAGAAACCUCCGCAAGUUACCUACUGAGUGGAGCAAAUGGUGAAGCAGCUGUGAAAGUCUUGAAGUGCAUGAUACUGGCAGAUGACGUGUGUGAACGAGCUAUGGCAGCAGAGUUGUUGGAAGAAUGGUUCUGA